AGUGACAGUGCCUCACUGGAUGAGCUUGUCUAUUCCUUAGAACGUGCUCACAUGCCCAGGUUACUACCGGCGACUGAGGCGACUACUGGUGAAUCAGCAAAGGACGAGGAAAGUGCGAAUAUGCCCGGAGCUCGACUUAAGGUUAUGUAUGGGAUAGAAAAGUUUGUUGAUAGCAGAGUACAAGUAACAUAA